CGCAUCGUGUCGGUUGUGUGGUUUGGCGGUAACGGGUUUCCGCAAAACAAGAAUCAGCUGCAGAUAAAGUAUGCGGCUGGAUUGAUGAAAUGUUCAAACAGCAUUAGUGAUGCGCUAACUAUUCUGCCAAAAGCCAAAUCUAAACGGAAUCCAACGCUAAACGGGAACCUGCCGCAAACAUGUGUUCAUCAUGCUCGAACAUGCAGAAGAAAUUGGUAUCGCUCGGAUUCUCGGCCUUUCUGAUUUUGUUCGCCAUCACCCUCGGUGUCCUCUGGCCGUCCAUGUCUACCAAAGUGCUGCACGAUAAACUGAUGGUCAAAAAUGGCUCGAGCAAUUACAACAAUUGGAUCAGAACUCCCAUUCCUAUGUACCUGGAGGUGUACUUCUUCAACUGGAGUAACGCACACCUGCACGCGGAUGCAUCCGUUAAGCCUCACUUUACCGAAAUGGGACCGUACACCUUUAGUGAGGUGCACGAGCGCGUAAACUUGAUGUGGAACACUAACAACACCGUGACGUACAACCAGCGGCGUACGUGGCAUUUUGUGCCGGAACUUUCGAACGGUUCGCUGGACGAUUCGAUAACGAAUCUUAACGUUAUAUCAUUGAAUGUAGCCUAUCUUAUGCGAGAUGUAAAGUUUCCUCUGGACAUUCCGGUGAAAACGAUACUGGAAACGCACGGAUCGUUCCUGUGGAAAAACAAAACCGUCCGAGAGCUUCUGUUCGACGGUGUUGACGAUCCGCUACUGGAUUUGAUCCGAACGUUACCGGACAUCCGGUCGAAAGUACCGUUCGAUCGAUUCGGCUGGUUCUAUGGCCGCAACCUGAGCGAAACCUUCGAUGGGUCCUUCACGAUGCGUACGGGUGCCGAUGAUAUUGAGAGCACGGGUUUACUGACCCAGUGGAACGGAGCGGCACGAACUGGCAUGUACCGCGGGCGGUGUGGAGCCGUUUACGGCACCUCCGGUGAACUGUGGCCACCGUACGCUGAAACACCAUCGAACAUUACGCUCUUUCCUUCGGAUAUAUGUCGCUCGGUUACGCUGCAAAAGGGCGAGCCGGUUUCACUGUACAACGUGCAGGGUGUAAAGUACAUCGGAGACGGUCGCGUGUUCGAUAACGGUGUCACGUAUCCGGAGGCGGCCUGUUGGUGCAAUGCCGAUCCGCAGCACUGUCCCGAUCUGAAACCGGGCAUAUUCAAUGCAUCGGCCUGCAAGUAUGGUUCCCCAACGUUCGUGUCGUUCCCACACUUUUACCUCGCCGACGAAAGCUACCAAACGGCAGUGGACGGUAUGCGGCCAAACAGGACCGUGCACGAGUUUUACAUGGCGAUUGAGACGAAAACCGGCAUUCCGCUGGACGUUCGCGCUCAGCUACAAAUCAACGAGCACCUGCAGCUGAUCAAGACAUUCAGUAUGUAUAAAAAUGCUCCCGAUGUAAUGGUACCCAUGCUAUGGUUCCGACAACGUGCCACGUUGACACAGAAGCUGGCCGAACAAGCUAAGCUGGCCCUUGCUCUACCGACGCUCGGCAUCUAUGUGGCCUUUUUCUUUGGCUCAAUUGGCGUCAUCAUGGGGUGCGUGUUCCUAUACUUGGCUAUUAGGAAAUGGACCCCAAGUACGGACAUCGUUCCGUAUGAAGAGCUUGCCAACUAAGCGACAUGGAAGCUUAAGCGUCGCCAGCACCGUCGUUGGUGUGCUGUCUAACGAGUGCCUUAUCGUGAUAUCAAUAACCCGGGCAUAACGUUGCAAGAGGUGGCUUCUUUGUAUUCUUUUUCUAGCGGUUGUAAAAUUGAUACUGAUUCGCAAUACCGUUUUAGGACACUUUUAUUUUCUACAUUCCUAGCCCAUCCUAGGGUUAUAGUUUAAUCUUGCCUACAUUUUCUUCACGAAAAAGUGCCAAAACAAAAACAUACGCAAAGAUGUGUUCAAAAAGUUCGAAGCAGCGUGUAAAUGGAUGAGCGUUUUCGGCAAUCAUUUUUCUUUUAUUACUUUUAACACAAUCGAACAUGAGCCACGCCACGCUGGUCAAGGGAAUACUGCUCAAUGCGCAUUAAUUUUGUUUCUUUAGUCAGCAGGAAGGAACUAACUCAAGCUUGUAGCAGGUCCGUACGUUUGAAAAGGAGAACCACAAACUAAAACAAAUAUAAAUUGUUUCAGUAUGGGGUUCGCUGCCAAGCAAUCAAGUUAGAGAAAAAAUACUACAUUUUAUCAACAUAUCCAAAGAGACAAAUUAUUUUAUUUGGUUUAUGAUGUUUUUGUAAUGUUUAGGUAGAAACAAUAAAAUUAAUUG